GAGCGUGUCUGGGUUGGGGGCGGGGGCGGGGCUGAGCGGCCUGGGCAGCCAGGCCCGGACGGGGCGGGGGAGGCCAUGGCCUCCGCAGAGUUGCAGGGGAAGUACCAGAAGCUGGCUCAGGAGUACUCGAAGCUUCGGGCUCAGAAUCAGGUCCUGAAAAAAGGUGUUGUGGAUGAACAAGCGAAUUCUGCUGCUUUAAAGGAACAACUGAAAAUGAAGGAUCAGUCAUUGAGAAAACUGCAGCAAGAAAUGGACAGUUUGACAUUUCGAAAUUUGCAGCUUGCCAAGAGGGUAGAACUACUUCAAGAUGAAUUGGCUGUAAGUGAACCCCGAGGCAAGAAAAACAAGAAAAGUGGAGAAUCUUCUUCUCAGUUGAGUCAAGAGCAGAAGAGCGUCUUUGAUGAAGAUCUACAAAAGAAGAUAGAAGAGAAUGAACGGUUACAUAUACAAUUUUUUGAAGCUGAUGAGCAGCACAAGCAUGUGGAAGCAGAGCUGAGGAGUCGACUGGCCACCCUGGAGAUGGAGGCGGCCCAGCACCAAGCCGUGGUUGAUGGCCUGACGCGGAAGUACAUGGAAACGAUCGAGAAACUGCAGAAUGACAAGGCCAAACUAGAAGUAAAAUCUCAGACUCUAGAGAAGGAGGCCAAGGAAUGUCGGCUUCGAACAGAAGAAUGUCAAUUACAGUUAAAGAACCUUCAUGAAGAUUUGUCAGGUAGAUUAGAGGAGUCCUUAUCAAUCAUCAGUGAAAAAGUACCUUUUAAUGAUACAAAAUAUAGUCAGUAUAACGCUCUGAACGUUCCACUCCACAAUAGGAGACAUCAGCUGAAGAUGCGGGACAUUGCUGGGCAGGCCCUGGCUUUCGUUCAAGAUCUUGUGACGGCUCUACUGAACUUUCACACCUAUACAGAACAGAGGAUUCAGAUUUUUCCUAUUGAUUCUGCCAUUGACACUAUAUCUCCGUUGAAUCAGAAGUUCUCACAGUACCUUCAUGAAAAUGCGUCCUACGUCCGCCCUCUUGAGGAAGGAAUGCUUCAUUUAUUUGAAAGUAUUACUGAGGAUACUGUGACUGUCCUGGAGACUACUGUGAAAUUGAAAACUUUUUCAGAGCACUUAACCUCUUACAUAUGUUUUCUUAGGAAGAUUCUUCCUUAUCAGUUAAAAAGUUUAGAAGAAGAAUGUGAAUCUUCUCUUUGCACAUCUGCGUUGAGAGCCAGGAAUCUAGAGCUGUCUCAGGACAUGAGAAAAAUGACAGCUGUGUUUGAGAAGCUGCAGACUUACGUCGGUCUUCUCGCUUUGCCAAGUACAGAGCCAGAUGGACUCCUUCGGACGAACUAUAGUUCUGUCUUAACAAAUGUUGGUGCUGCUCUGCAUGGAUUUCAUGAUGUCAUGAAAGAUAUUUCUAAACAUUACAAUCAGAAAGCUACAAUAGAGCAUGAACUUCCAACAGCAACACAGAAGCUCAUUACAACUAAUGACUGUAUCCUGUCCUCAGUAGUAGCAUUAACAAAUGGAGCAGGAAAGAUUGCAUCUUUCUUCAGCAACAAUGUGGACUACUUCAUUGCUUCUCUGAGCUACGGGCCUAAGGCAGCGAGUGGCUUCAUUAGUCCUCUUUCAGCUGAGUGCAUGCUGCAAUACAAGAAAAAAGCUGCCACCUAUAUGAAGGCUCUGAGAAAGCCCCUCUUGGAGUCUGUGCCUUACGAAGAAGCUCUGGCAAACCGCCGGGUCCUUCUCAGCUCUACUGAAAGUCGAGAAGGCCUUGCACAACAGGUUCAGCAGAGUCUGGAAAAGAUUUCUAAACUGGAGCAGGAAAAAGAACAUUGGAUGUUGGAAGCACAGUUGGCCAAAAUCAAGCUGGAGAAAGAAAACCAGCGAAUUGCAGAUAAGCUGAAGAGUACAAGCAUCGGGCAGGGGGUUGGGCCAGCCCAGGAAAAUCCCACUGGGGUGAAUGCAGGGGGCCAGGAAGAAGCCUCAACCAAGGCUGUGCUGGAGCCUAUUCACAGCACCAGUCUGAUUGGGAUUUUAACCAGGACAUCUGACAAUGAGGUUCCAGAUGUGGAGUCGCGUGAAGACUUAAUUAAAAAUCACUACAUGGCAAGGAUAGUGGAGCUGACAUCUCAACUGCAGCUGGCCGACAGCAAGUCAGUGCAUUUUUACGCCGAGUGCCGAGCACUCUCUAAGAGACUGGCCUUGGCCGAAAAGUCUAAAGAGGCACUGACGGAAGAGAUGAAAGUAGCUGGUCAGAACAUCAGCAGACUUCAGGAUGAGCUGACAACUACCAAGAGGAGUUAUGAGGAUCAGUUAAGUAUGAUGAGUGACCACCUGUGCAGCAUGAACGAGACAUUAUCUAAACAGAGAGAAGAGAUUGACACACUGAAGAUGUCCAGUAAGGGAAAUUCUAAAAAGAACAAGAGCCGAUAGUUUACACAUAGAUGGUUGGCGACUUCCUUCCAAAGCUGCUACUCUUGCGUGGAGCUGCAGGACCCAGACCGCUUGUCCAGUGUCCAGUGCCCAGUGCUGGCCACCUUCAGGGAGCUGGGCUGCUUUUGGACCUAGUAAACUAGUCAGUGUUGUAAAUGGCCUUGAAACAUUUAAAGUAUAUUUGUAACCAGUAAUGCAAAUACAGAAUUUGAUGUUGACAGUACAAUGGACAAUACAUGUAUCAUGGAUAUCGUAGGUUUCCUUAUGCUGUUUUUACUGUGCACUUUUUAAAAUUAGGUUUUAAUUUCAGUAUGUAAGAACAACAAAUAUUUUGUAUAUUUUCAAACUCAAUUAUAUGGUAAUCGAUUUGGUAUCUAUGGAAUAGAUCUAUGUUUCUGGAUAAAAUGCUUAAAUUGUCAAACUGUCAUUCCUUCUUGCUAUAAUUGAAAGCAGUCUCCAGAUUCUUUUUGAAGACUUAUUCGUAUUUUUUCUCUCUCUCUCUCUCAGAGGGAGUGGGUCUUGCAAACUUCAGAUCUUGUGGGUUUAUUAUCAUUGUCUUAUUAUCACAGCUCUUCAGUACCUUCUCUGUGUUGGAAUAAUAGCUUAAGGAAAUUGAUGUCAAUAAAUUCGUACUUAUGUCAAA